GUCUGCCGGUCUCGGAUUAGACAGCCCAACGUCUCGCAGCACGACCAGCCGGGCCGCGCCCAUUCUUCCCCGGCCGAUGUGAUGAUCUAGCUUCGGCACUGCAGCGUUGCCUCCCUCCCCCCAACUCUCCAUCCUUCCCUCGGAGUCCUUUUCUCAGAUGUGCUAUGACAGCGCUGAGUCAAUGCGCCAGGCUCGUGCGGAAGGAGAGGGAUUUAUGGGACUUUUUGUUUAUUUAUGGGUUUUAGAGCUCGGGCGUUGUUGUUGUUGGUGUUGUUGUUGAGGUGAGAAUUGUGGCGAGGAGGGGGAGGGAGUGAGGGAGGGAGGCAUAUCUGGUGCACUGACAGGGAGAGGUCCCGGCGGAAGAGCGGAAGAGCGGGGCGGGAGGCGGAGUGGCUGGCGAUGGGAACGCCGUUGCGGAUGAUCGGUGGAUGCGGAUGGUGUUGUUGUCGUCGUCGCUGCUGUUUGGGGUGUCGAUGUUGGUGAGGGAGAUAGAUCGUGAUGAUGAUGAUGAUGGUGAUGGCGAUGAUGAUGACGACGGUGGCGAGCGGGUCAUGAGCGCACGCACGACUCGCAAGGAGAAUGAUUUCUCGCCUUCUGCUGCUCCACCAUCCCCACCCAAACCACCUCUCUCUCCUCGGGCGGGGGUUUCAUGAUUGAGGUUCCCGUCUCGGGGAUCGCUGCUGCUGUCCGCGCAGACUCAGACUGCUGGACGGUUUCGUUACUAGUUUUUCGGUGAAGCGGCGAAUUUAAGGCAACACACGGUAGUCCAAGGACUAGAAUCGAGGAUGUCGAAGUCAAAGUCACUCAUCGGUAAGAGGAGACGAGGCGGUGAAGAUGAAGUCUACUAUGACAACUACCAUACGCACAAGAGAUAUCUCACAGAGGUUAUGGCAUCAAGUAUGAUAGGGCUGACUGUUGGUGAGUCUGGUGCAAACCGACCACCAUCUGCAGAUGUCAUGCUCUCCCCAGCUCAAACCGAAACCGGAUGCACAGGAGGAGUAUCGAGAUCCGCUUCAUCGUUUCCCAGUCAUGGAGACGAAACAUCCACUCUCGACUCUCCGAUGUCAGAGGACAGUGAUGAAAGUGUGGGAUAUCGGCUGAGCCGCGGUUCCGAGGGAGCGCUAUAUACUCUACCCUCCUCUUCUGAUCUACACUCCGGAAACUCUACCAGUCCGUGCUCACCUCGAAGGUUUCAGAGGUUGCCCUGCCAUGCCACAGGACACCUCCCGGCAGGACAGCUUGCAUGGACCAACAGUAGAGUGCCCACAUCUCCAAAUCUAACUCCAUACACACCUGCCCCAUCUUGGAUAAGGUGCCCUGACUCGGAAGGACGGCUACCACCAUCCCCCAAUGAUGCUUGCCAGUCUGCUGAUUUGCGACGUGCAACUCUUCUGCGCAACCUGCAGAUGAGGGCUCAAUUACCAGCCCAACUGGACUCCACCACUGCCACCACUCCUGACUCGAAAAAGUCCUCUGAUAAUGCUGACGAGCAAGAGUCUGUUGAAGAGGGUGGAGAUCAGUCUUCUCCUAGCUCCAUGUCGUACAACUUUUACAACGACAACUAUGGGGCAGAUCAGAUGGGAUGCAUGGGUUCUCCGAGCCCUUGUGUUUUUCCCAAUCAAGUUGUUCGUGGGUCACCUCGAGUGAGAAGCCUGCUUCUCGGAGACAGCACGAUAACGAAUAGGCCCAAGUCAGUCCAGAUGAACACAGAGGAAGCCUCGACCUCCAAUGAAGCUCUACAUGAAGAAAAAAGCAAAGCAGAGCAACAGCGAAAGAGAAUUGACGAGGAGAGAUCAUACAAGAAGAGUAGGAGCCCUCGCAGCCCAAGGAGCCCUCGAAGCCCCAGGAGCCCUAAAGCUGGGCCGAGUUCCUCUGGAGGCUAUGAAGUCUCCUCGAGUCUGUCACCCAAAGAUGGUAACGUGUCGGAUACAGAGUCUUCAUUCACUCGGAGGUCUGUGAACCGGACGAGUCUGUCGAGAAAUCCAUCAGUGCGCUCCCGAGCGGACAGUAGCUUUUCCGGUGCUCUGGAGGCCACAAGACCUAUUCAUGCCCCAAGGUAGGGUCUUAUAGCAACAUCAGAUUCGCAGCUUUUGUAGAUACAAAGUCGAUUUGGUGACAUUUUUUCUCCAUCAACAAUAAGAUAUAACUCCGAGCCAUUCACUCGGUUCUAUCUUGACCAGCAGUCUUUCUGAUUUCGGGCUGAACAACUAUCAAAAGACCGAUUAAGAAGACAGUACGUAACUACUCUGGUCACAUUAUCACCUGGUAAGUGGUCAUCCCACACGGACUACCACAGGUGUAUGUAAUUUUUUCCGUGCUGUGCAUGCUCCAUCAACUUCGUCUCAUUUUGUUUC